GCUUCAAGGAAAGGGUCGGCACCACGGCUGGACCCCUCUAAGGUUCCUGACUACCCUCGCUAACGCGUCCAGCUAGGCCAACGGCGAGCCGAGUGAUUCCGCCGCUGACAAGCCACCCACCUCUGGCCAACGCGGACUUGUUUCUUUCCCGGGUUUCCCGCAGGAACUGACUGGAAGUGGACCAACCGCAGCCGAGAUUUGUAGUUCUGGCCAACCAGAGGCGAGCGGCGCCGAAUUAACUCUGGAAAGUUCGGGCUCACUGCCACGUUGGGACCCCAAGAGGUACUAGGGUGUCCGGCUGGGUGCGGAAGUGUAUCGGCCACCAUGUCCCUCCCAACCUUUCCGGGCGCCUCCGCUCCACGCGCCAGCUGCUUGGACCUGUGGAGAGAAAGGAACGAUCGACUUGUUCGACGGGCCAGGGAAGUGAUGGCUCAGGAGUGUGGUCUAAGACGACAGCAGUUGAUUCAGGACAUACUGGAGGGGUUCAGGGGGGUCCUCUACAGUCUGCAAGGGCUUCCUGCAGCUGUUCCUCUGCUCCCCUUGGAGUUGACCGUUACCUGUAACUUCAUUAUCCUGAGAGUGAGCCUGACCCAGGGUUUCAAUGAAGACCAGGCUCAGUGUGUCCAACAGGCCUUAAAGAGAGUGCUGGAGACCCAGGAGCAGCUGGGGCCCAGGUUGGACCAGGGGCUCAGGGAGCUAUGGUACUCUGUCCUCCAUGUUUCCUCCCUUCUGCCGGACUUGCUUCCUGCCCUGCAUCUCUUGGCUGGCCUGCAGGCAGCCCAUUGGCUGAGCACUGACCAUCUUGGGGACACAGCCUGGUUGUUGCAGACACUGAAUGGCACUCAGAGCAGAGCCUCUGAAGAUCUGUUGUUGUUUCUGAAAACUUGGAGCCCUCCAGCUCUAGAAUCAGAUGCCUCACUGAUCCUGCAGGAUGCCCAGGGUUUGAGAAAUGUCCUUUUGACAGCAUCUGCCCUCCGCCAAGGCUUGCAGGAGCUGAUCACAGGGAGGCUACCUAAGGCGCUGAGCAGCCUACAGGAAGCAGCCUCAAGUCUGUGUUCCCGGCCUGUGCUGGUCCAGGUGUAUACAGCAUUGGGGAACUGUCUCCGUAGAAUGGGAAAUCCACAGAGAGCACUGCUCUACUUAAUUGCAGCCCUGAAAGAGGGGUCUGCUUGUGGUCUUCCUCUUCUGGAGGCAUCUAGAUUAUACCGUCAAGUGGGGGACACAACAGCAGAGCUGGAGAGUCUGGAGCUGCUGGCUGAGGCCUUGAGUGUCACUUAUAACUCUGAAGCCCCCCAGAUUCUCAUUGAGGUAGAACUGCUACUCCCACGACCUGACCCAGCCUCUCCCCUUCACUGUGGCACACAGAGCCAAGUCAAGCAUCUGCUAGCGAGCCGAUGCCUACAAACAGGAAGGGCAGAAGCAGCUGCAGAGCAUUACUUGGAUCUGCUGGCUCUGUUGUUGGAUGGCUCAGGGUCAAGGUUUUCCCCACCCUCAUGUCCCCCAGGACCCUGCAUGCCAGAGGUGUUCUUGGAGGCUGCGUUAGCACUGAUUGAGGCAGGCCGAGCCCAGGAUGCUCUGACUGUGUGUGAGGAGCUGCUGAGCCGCACAUCAUUUUUGCUUCCUAAGAUGCCCCGGAUGCGGGAAGAUGUCAGAAAAGGAACAAAGGAACUGUCACACUGCCCACUCUGGGUCUCUGCUGCCCAUCUGCUUCAGGGUCAGGCCUGGGUUCAACUGAGGGUCCAAAAAAAGGCAAUCAGUGAAUUUACUAGUUGUCUUGAGCUGCUUUUCAGGACCAUGCCUGAGGACAAAGACCAAGGAGCAGCUUCCAACUGUGAGCAGGGGUGUAGGUCAGGUGCAACACUGCAACAUCUUCGGGCAGCUGCUCUGAUCAGUCGUGGACUGGAAUGGCUAGCCAAUGGCCAGGAUACUAAAGCCCUACAGGACUUCCUCCUGAGUGUACAGAUGUGCCCAGGCCACAGAGAUGCUUCGUUUCACCUGCUUCAGACUCUGAAGAAGCUGAAUCGGAGGGAUGAGGCCAGUGCUAUCUGGUGGAGGCUGAAGGCCCAAAUUCAGCUGCCACAGGAAGAAGCUACCUGGUCUCUCCCACUGUACCUGGAAACAUACUUGAGCUGGAUUCAUCCACCUGACUGUGAAACCCUCCUUGAAGAGUUUCAGACUUCGAUAACAGAACCUUGUUGACCUGUAGUUGCCAUAAGCUGGGACUCAGUGUACCAUCUCUUUGUGGGGAGGGCUUUUUUCUGCCUUGCCCUUGGAGAGUGUGGCUGGAACUAUCUAUUCCUAUCACCUGUACUGGUGAGGUUGGAGAUAGUUCUAUGAAAUUUGGCCCAUUAACUGUCAUUCUGGCUCCAGAGGAAGCAUUGCCUACCACCAAUAAGUCAUUGCCUUUCAUUGUGACACCUUUUUUCCUGUUUUUUUUUUUUUCCUAGUGUUCUUGUCUGCCUGUGACACAUUAUUGAGUAUUGAUUAUCUAAGGUGCCCUCUCUCCCC